UCUCUGUGUUCAGAUAUGGCUUCCUCCAGCAGUCUCCUGUCUGACGAGCAGUUCCAGUGUUCUAUCUGUCUGGAUGUGUUCACUGAUCCAGUCUCUACUCCAUGUGGACACAACUUCUGUAUGACCUGUAUCAAAACAUACUGGGACACCAGUCCACACUGCCACUGCCCACUGUGUAAAGAGAACUUUACUGUGAGACCUGAACUCAAGAUCAAUACAACCCUCAGAGAUGUUGUGGCUCAUUUUAAAAGGAGGGGUGAUGUUGCCAAACAUGGAGAAGUGUCCUGUGAUGUCUGUACUGGUAACAAACUGAAGGCGCUUAAGUCUUGUCUGGUGUGUCUGACCUCUUACUGUGAGACUCACCUGGAGCCUCAUCAGAGAGUCUUAGCCUUGAAGAGACACAAACUGAUUGAUCCUGUGAAGAAUCUGGAAGAUUAUAUCUGUAAGAAACAUGAGAGACCCCUGGAACUGUUCUGUAGAGAUGAUCAGACAUGUGUGUGUCAGUUCUGUACUGAGGGAGAGCACAGAACUCACAACACUGUUCCCAUAGAGGAGGAGAGUAAGAGGAGGAAGAAUCACCUGGGAAUCAUACAGAUGGACGUGCAUCGGUUGAUCCGGGACAGACUCAGAAAGAUUCAAGAGAUCAAACAGAAAGUCAAACUCAGUAAAAAAACCACAGAGAAAAAGACAGCAGAAAGUAUUGAGAUCUUAACUGCUCUUAUGAGAUCCAUUGAGAGAGUCCAGGCUGAGUUUCUUGAGUUGAUGGAGGAGAAACAGAAAACAGCAGAGAAGGAGGCUGAAGGAGUCAUUAAAAAACUGGAGCAGGAAAUCAGUGAUCUAAAGAGGAGAGACAUUGAGCUGGAGCAGCUCUCACACACUGAGGACCUCCUCCACCUCCUACAGAUUUACCCAUCUGUGUGCAGCCCUCCACACACCAAGGACUGGACUGACAUCAGUAUUAAGACUGCUGUGAGUGUGGACACUCUGAGGAGAUCUCUGACUCAGCUGGAGGAAUCAUUCAAUAAGACAAUGGAGAAUAUAACAGAGAUGGAACUAAAGAACAUUCAGCAGUUUGCAGUGGAUGUGACUCUGGAUCCUGAUACCGCAUAUCCUAAACUCAUCCUGUCUGAUGAUGGGAAACAAGUGACAUGUCGAGACACAAGACAGGAUCUCUCUGACAACCCAAAGAGGUUUGAUACGUGUAAUUGUGUCCUGGGAAAGGAGGGAUUCUCCUCAGGGAAAUUUUACUAUGAGGUGCAGGUCAGUGGGAAGACGAAAUGGGAUUUAGGAGUGGCCACGGAGUCCAUCAGCAGAAAGGGAAAAAUUAAACUGACCCCUAAGAAAGGAUUCUGGACUGUUUGUCUGAGGAAUGGGAAUGAGUACAAGGCUCGUUCUGAUCCCUCUGUCCUCCUCUCUCUGAAACAGAAACCCCAGAAGGUGGGGGUGUUUGUGGAUUAUGAGGAGGGUGUGGUCUCCUUUUAUAAUGUGGAGACCAGGUCUCAUAUCUACUCUUUCACUGGUCAGUCUUUCACUGAAACACUCUAUCCAUACUUCAGUCCAUGUGGUAGCGAUCGAGGUAAAAACUUAGCUUUACUGAUUAUCACUCCUGUCAGUCAAAAUGAAUGA